UCCUAGUCUAUGGUCAGUUUUGCAAUUCAGCGCGGCACGUUUGGUUGUGUGUAAUUAGCGCCGCGAGUGGCAAAUAUUAAUUAUUAUUACGAUUAAUAAUUAAAAUUAGUCGUGCAUUUUAAAAACAAAAAUUCAUCCUCUUAGAUCUUAAUAAAUGAUUUAAUAUCUGUGAUAUCUGGUGUUAUUAUGUUUAAAAAUAAUAUAAAUUGUUUGUAAAAAAAUAAGUUAUCUUCAGUUUCAUCAGUAGAGUUUUGUUAAUCCGUUCCAUCAUGACUCUAACCAUGACGAGAAAAGUAAGCGAAUGCCAAGCAGAGACUGUCCAGUUUAUGCCCGUACGAAAACUGGAAGAUGACUGCAUACAAGACAAAGAGUUUAGUUCGGGAAGCACAUUGCUCAGGCGAGGCAAAAAACUAGAAGAUAACAACAACCUCUUGAAAGAGGACUUAGAAUACAUAAACUUUAGAAGACUCCUCAAAUAUGAAGAAGCUCCAGAGUACUUGCAGCACAAUCCAUAUAUCAGAGAUGGAUAUAGAAAGUUAUUGCCAACCAGACUAUGUUGGGAGAGCAUUUUCUGGUGGACGAAUGAGACAAUGAACAUUUGGACGCACAUAUUCGGCUUCUUCCUUCUGCUGUUCCUCACGAUCAACGAUCUCGUGAUCAUCAACAUCCACGCGACAGUUACCGACAAGACAGUCGCGGCUAUAUUGUUCUCGUGUUUUCUAGUAUGCAUGGCUCUGUCGGCGUUAUACCACACGUUCUCGUGUCGAUCCGAGCACGAUUACAACACGUUCCUCAUGUACGAUCUCUUCGGCAUCGCGCUGUCCCUGCUCGCGAUAUACACUUCCGGUGUGUACUACGCGUUCUGGUGCCACCACGAAUGGAAGACGUUCUACAUGAUAUCAGUGACGCUGAUCUUCGCCGUGGCGAUGGUGCUGCAGAUCCCGCGUCUGCAGGUGCCGUACCUCGUGAAGAUGUGCGUGUUCAUAGGCUGGGCGGCGUACGGCGUGCUGCCCACGCUGCACUGGACCUAUGUCAUGGGGGGCUUCGAUAACCCCAUGGUGCAGAUAUUCUUCCCCAGAGUUAUAGGGAUGUAUGUCAUCAGCGGGACUGCAUUCGCGAUUUAUGCCUUCAAGGUACCAGAGCGCUGGUUCCCGGGCAAGGUGGACUACAUUGGGCACUCGCACCAGUGGUGGCACGUGCUGGUGCUGGGCGCGCUGUACUACUGGCACAACUCCGCCAUGAUCUACGUGCAGUACCGUAUGAACCACGGCUGCGCCAACACCAUGCGGAUAUUCUAACUGUGAUCUAGAAUAUAAAUCUGCGCACUCAAGAACAUUUCUUCAGGUUGAAAUCUAUAGAACGCACUUUGACUGUUUCAGUUAAAACGAGACAGAAAUAAAUAAAUAUAAAUAAACGCUUAUUUCAGACGUUUCCAUCCAUAGAUCGUUAGUAUGUUAGUAACAAUUUUUCCUUAAUUACUAAGUAUUGUUAGUUUAUUAAUAGGUGCAAUAACUAACACUGCUUUAAAUUUGAGCAAAGUCAAAGUGCGCUCUGUAGAUCUCAGCCUGAGAACGCAUAUUACAGUGUAGGCUGGCGUAUGUUCGCUUAUAUCAUGGCAGCUAUUGAGCAUCGCGUCUUUUGACCAAGCAGUCCGCACUGUUUAAAGCAGCUAUAAGACCUCUCCCUAAGCAGUGCCGUUAGGACCUUAAAAAAUUUUCUGCUGGAGUUUCAACUAUCAGCUAGAUGGUACCUCAAAACAAUCUUAUAAAUUGACAAGUCAAAAUCUGCUGGCCUUUUCCUCUGGGAACAUUGUGAAAAGGAUAGCAGUAUUUUUAGUCUUGAUUCCUGUACAAACGAAUUUCUACAAACAAAUUCUUUCGUGCGGAAACUGUAUCGUGUAGAAUUUAAGACUUGAAUUUCUUCUGUAGGGAUGGCCUUAGUAUUUCAAAUGCUUAUCUAGUAUAAGACAAUAUUAUAAUACUCUUAGAAACCUGGUCAGAAUCUAGAACAUUCCAGUCUUCAUAAUGUUAAUGCAACUGGAUUUAAAUCCAACUUUACCGAAUCAUGCAAAAGCCAUGUAAAAGUUUGAUCCAAGAUAUUGUUUUUUCAAUUAGCGUUAAGUCUGAGGGUCUCAGGGUCGCGUUUUUUUCUCGGUAGUUUGUGCGUUACAUUGGGUUUAAUAUGCUAUGUAAAAUUUUAGCCUUUUGCUUCGGUUCGCUUUCAAUGCGAAUCGACUCUAAGCUUUCUCUCUUAUACAAGAUUUAGGGUUCUAUAAAAGAGGUAGAUUUUAUAGUAAAAUGAUUGCCCUACGUGGUUGUUACAAAAUUGGUGCCGUAAUUGCCGUAUCGGUCAGUAAUCGUUACGCCUUUCGCACAUUGAAGCAUUCACCUCCAAGUAUGCCUUUAUGGCAUGACACAAAGACGUUACAGUGAUCGCAAAACAAGUAGGCCAAUCUGAAGCUAUAGUAUGAUGAUCUGCGCAGGUCAUAGACUAGGUAUUAAGUACAUGAGCCCGGCUGAUACCUGUUUUUAGGGUUUUGUACCCGAAGGGUGCCAAUAGGACCCUAUUCUUCUUUCUUUCUUCUCUCUGUGCUGGUUUCCGCACUUAAACGUUUCCGUCUGUUGUCCGUGCGUUGUCCCUGACCACUGAAGUCUUCACUCCAGCCAUCCAGGCUCGCUCCAGAAGCCGAGUAGACCGUCCAAGAGAAUAGAAAAUUUCUGUUGCCGCUGUAACAUCACAAAUCGCUGUAAUAAAAAUCACAAAAAGGCCGCUAUGAAAAUUACAAAAUUAAAAAAUGUUAUUUCUUUUUCGAUGGUACGGAAUCCUUCGUAUGUGAGUCCGACUCACAGUCGACUGGUAUUUUUGUACAAUGCGCAGUCUUACAACUCUUGUUCAGAUUGGGUUACUUGUUUUGCACGCUUUACAUUCGUAUCUCUAUCGCCUACGAAAGCGUCAUCUGGCUAAAGGUGUUAAUAUGUAUUACUAAAGACCAAAUGGGCCACAUUAUAUUGUCUCAAUGUUGAUGUUAUUUAUUGAUAACAUGACCAUGACCAAUGUUAUUUAGUGAUAAGUCCUUGCUCAAUAUUUAAGUAGAUAACUAAUUAAUUAAAAAUAUAUAAACUUUUUGUUUCGCCUCGAGCAACUCGAGCAUGUUAAUUUAUGUUACUUAUCUAUUGUAAAAUAAACUUUUUCAAUAAAAGCUUUCGAUAUAACUAUAACUCCAGUAACGAACCGCUUCCAUACCGCUUCGUAUACUUUCUCCUAUUGCAAUACUCUGAAAAAAGUUACGUUUAUUUACUGUUAUUAAGGCACGCGUACAAAAUUAUAUAAAGACGCAACGCAUUAUUAUAAAAUAAGAAGCAACGAAAAUAAAAUCAGUUUGUAACUUUUCAUAGAUUUCAUAGAGUUUUCAUAGAUUUUUUAAAUCUGUAAAUUACUCAUAAAUACCGUAAGACUACAACUUAAAAAUGCCUGAUAUUUUCACGUAGAUACAAUAGGAACCUGGUGAACAACGUGAGAAAAUAUGCAUUAUGCAGUAGGUGAUUAAGUC